AUGCCAAACACUCGUGUCAAGGGCGUGCACCCUCGUGCAACUGUGCCGCUGCUUCUGCUACUCUCGUGCAUGGCGGUGACCGGUGAUCAGCAGCCAGCGUCGUACAGGCUACCUCUGAUUGUUCCUCUCGUCAUGGACACCAACACCUCCCUCUACACGAUCAAGAUCAAGAACGAUGGCCCUCUCGUCGUCGACCUCGCCGGCACGCUCGUCUGGUCGACGUGCCCGUCGGCGGCGACCCACAGCACCGUGCCGUGCCAGUCCGGCACGUGCGGCACGGUCAACCAGGAGCAGCCGCGCCGCUGCCGGUACGUCGACGGCGGCUGGUUCUGGUCCGGCCGCGAGCCGGGGACGCGCUGCGCGUGCACCGCCCACCCGUACAACCCGGUCACCGGCGAGUGCUCCACCGGCGACCUGACGAGCUUCGCCAUGUCGGCCAACACCACCAGCAACGGCACCAACCUGCUGUACCCGGAGGCGUUCGCCGCCGUCGGCGCGUGCGCGCCGCAGCGGCUUCUGGCGUCGCUCCCCGCCGGCGCCACCGGAGUGGCCGGGUUCUCCCAGCGGCCGCUCUCGCUGCCGUCGCAGCUCGCCGCGCAGCGCAGCUUCGGCAAAAAGUUCGCCCUGUGCCUCCCCGGAUUCGCCGCCUUCGGCGACACGCCGGUGUACAUCUCACGGGAGGGGGCCUCCCUCGUCAACUACACGGACGCCUUCCCGUACACCCCGAUCUUGACGAACCCAAGGAGCCCCGGCUACUACCUCCCCGUCAAAGGCAUCUCCGUGUGGUGGAGCGAGCCCAAGGUGACGGCGUCCCUGCCCGCCGGCGCGCUGGACCUGGACGCCCGCACGGGCCGCGGCGGCGUGGUGCUGAGCACGACGACGCCGUACGCGAUCAUGCGGCCGGACGUGUUCCGCGCCUUCGCCCAGGCGUUCGACGCCGCCAUAGAGAAGGGCAAGUACUACUGGACCAACGUGAAGCGCGUGCCGGCGGUGGAGCCCUUCAAGCUGUGCUACGACGGCGCUUUCCCGUUCCUGAAGCGGCCGCCGACCUAUGACGUGCCGACGAUCUACCUGGAGCUCGCCGGUGCCAAGGCCGACUGGCCGUUGUUCAACGAGAACUACAUGGUGCGGACCUCGCAGGGGAUGUGCGUGGGGAUCCUCGAGAUGGAGCCCGGCGUCGGCAUGCCGGUGGACGGCGAGCCGGCGAUGGUGCUCGGCCUGAAGCAGCUGGAUAUGAACAUGCUGGUGUUCGAUCUUGACAAGAUGUUGCUGUGGUUCAGCGGGGAGCUGUCCUUUCGCGUGUCGGGCUGUAGGUUACCAGCUUUUUGA